AUGCAGGCGUUUACCCGGUUGAUCGAGGAGGCGGAGCAAGUCCAAGAGGAAGAGGGAGAGGGAGAGGAGGGAGGGGGGGAGGGAGAGGGAGAGGAAGGACGCGAGGGAAACGAACUGAAUCAAGAGGACCCCCCAACUAUGACGGCCAUCCAGAGGGCAUGUUUGGAUUUGUGUAUCCAACUGCUAAACCAAGAGAUCAUGCAGAGCGAGUACGAGAGCCCAUUAGUGUGCGCAUUAGCCGUAUUAGGCGUCGACCAAACCGCGUGGAGGGAUUCCGAAACUUAUCCACCCAUCUUAUCGGCGGUGAUCAAGUGCGCCCGGUUCAUGGUGGUGCAGAAGGCGGUCCACAUGGCCGAUCCGUUACAGGAAGAUGGGUAUUGGACCAGCUCUAUUAUCGAUUUCGAGGACAGCGGCGGAUCUCGUCUGACCCCCCGGAAAAGCUGUUUAUAUUGGGUGGACCGGAUGAUGGACGGGUUUAUGGUGCGGGGGAGUAAGAGCCCCAUGCAGUGGAUGCUGAACCUGCGCACGUACGGACUGAAGAUCCAUUAUAAUACGACCGCCCGCGGCCAUGUCGAGUGGAACGAUAGCGAGACGUUACUGUAUAAAGGCGUCCAGUUCAGUAUGGCCCAGUUUCGGGGGCUGGUCCACGGGGUACUAUUCGAGGCGCGUCGGAUUAUAGGCGAAUUGUUAUUCUGCGCCGACGAUCGAGCCGGGGAUAUGCCCGUCGUUCCGUGGGAGUCGUUGCGCGACGACGCGACUAAUGCACGCCCCGGAUGGAACUUUUUACAGGACCAACGGACUCGAUUCCCCGUAAAUGGAGAGACAUGGCUAUUCGACCGGAUUGGCGAGCACGAGGCAAUGCGGCGGGAGUUUGAGCGACCCGAUAGCGAGAGCGGCGUCCAUCGGAAGGGAGUGAACGAUUAUAUGACCAAGCUAUCCCGGUUUCGCGAGAAGUUACUAGUAUUGAUGCACAUUACUGGCGGACAGCCC